CAAAAAUCAGAAUAAGUGGUGGUGUUUUUUCCAUUGUAAGAGAUGGGUGUUACAGGAUUAUUGCCCUUUCUGAAGAAGAUCCAUGUUCCAGUAAACAUUGCAAAGUUUGAAGGCUGCACUGUGGCAAUAGAUGCAUAUUGCUGGCUUCAUAAGGGGGCUUUCUCUUGUGCAGAGAAACUAGCUCUUGGGGAGCCUACUGACCAAUAUGUAUAUUACUGCAUGAAAUAUGUGGAAAUGCUUCUGAAGAAGAAUAUUAAGCCUGUGCUCGUGUUUGAUGGUUGUCACCUUCCUUCCAAGCAGGAAGUGGAAAAGACUCGUAGGGAAAAGCGUGACAUCAACAGAAAGAAGGCAGCCCAGUUACUGAGAGAGGGUAAAAGGGCAGAGGCCAGAGAAUGUCUUCAGAGAUGUAUUGACAUCAGUCCAGACAUGGCACUACAACUAAUGAAUGCCUGUAGAGCCCGAGGUGUAGAUUGUAUUGUAGCUCCCUAUGAAGCUGAUGCCCAGCUGGCCUAUCUCAAUAAGUGUGGUAUUGCUCAGGUGAUCAUCACAGAAGACUCUGAUCUGUUACUAUUUGGCUGUGAAAAGGUGCUGUUUAAGAUGGAUCAUUUUGGGAAUGGUGUUCUCAUAGAGCAGAGUCGAUUAAAUGAAGUGAUGGAGAUACAGAUUGGGUUUUACACUUUUGAGAAAUUCCGUUACAUGUGUAUCCUCUCUGGCUGUGAUUACCUGUCGUCUUUACCAGGAAUUGGACUGGGAAAGGCAGCAAAAGUCUUUAAGCGUGCAAGACAAUCGGAUCUCAAACUGCUGUUGAAGAAGUUUCCUAGUACUUACCUGAACAUGUCCCUGACAGUUCCAGAGGAAUAUAUUGAGGGAUUUAUUCGUGCCAAUAACACAUUCCUUUAUCAGUUGGUCUAUGAUCCUAUUCAGAGGAGGUUGCGUCCCUUAAAUUCUUACGAAGAGGGACUGAAUGCUAAACAGAUGCACUAUGCAGGAGCACUGAUUCCACAAGAUCUGGCAUAUCAAAUAGCUCUAGGGAAUAUCAACAUUUACACCAAAGAAAAGUUUGCCGACUUUGAUCCAGACACUUAUGUGCCCUCAAAAGCCAGUAAGAAAAAGCCUGAACAGCUGCACCGACUGAGUGUCUGGGACAAAAACUACAGAAUCAGACCUAAAAUAGAGCUAAGAGAGGUACAAAAUAUUGAGAGACCUAAUCUUCUAGGUAAAGAGGUCAUAGUGAAAGAUACUUUCCAUCGAAAAAGGCCAUCUCCAGAAGAUGAUAAAAAUGUUAAGUCUGAUAAAGAAUUGGCCAAUAUGUACCUGGAAGAGAAUGAAGAAAAUUCCCCAUCCCCACCAUUCCAUAAGAAAAGGCGGAGAACUUCUAGUGACUCUGAAGAGGAGCUCCCAAAGAGUCCAGUGAAGAAGUUCCGAAAACUUUACAUGUCACCUAACAAAGUGCAAUUUUUUGACUCCUUAAAAGAUGCUGAUCAGGAUGCUUGUGAAAUCUCUCCAUCAAAGGCUCAGAUCAGUGAGAGAAAGGUUCCUAGUUCCCCACAGCAGUGUCCAAAACCAUCUCCCAUAAGAAACAGGUUUGCUGUAAACAGUGAAAAGAAGGAAAAAUUUAACAUCAAUGCCUCCAAGGAUAUAGUCAAAAGCAGAUUUUUUGCUCCACCUGUCGAAAUUCCAAAACCUGAAACCUGUACUGAGAGUAAAGUGGAUGAAGGGAAUGAGAGGAGUGAUGAUUGGACAGAACAAGAAAGGAAUGAAAAAGAAGGAAUGUCAAACAAUUCAAAUUCACUGGCAUCAGAGCCAGAUGAAACAGAGAAAAACAGGAAAAUAAAACAAAGUCCUUCAACAGCAAAACCCUCCCCUGGCUCAGUAUUCACUUGGUCCAAAUUUAAAUUCUCAAAGAUAAACAAUAUUGCUAGCACAAAAUCAAACAAAGUGAAUUCAAGUUACAAGAAAGUGGUAUCGGAACCAUGUCUUUCAAAUUACUUUUCCUCAAAAUCAAUGGAGAAUAAUUCGGAGGUGCUGUCAAACAAGCGGCUUCAGCAUGUUGAGAGUUGUGAAGAUAUGGGCAGCAUUCAGGACUCUCUGAGCCAGGCUAGCUCUGUGUCCUACAGUCAGGAGAGUGGUGCCUAUAGUAUUGACCUUGACUGCUUCCCAGACAGCCAGGAAGUACAGAUUAUAUCUGAGGAAUAUGAAGCCCAGAAAAGUAAAGAAUCAGAAUUCUCAAGUCAGGCAAGGGAGAGAAUUGUGACUCUUGAAACAAAGGAAAAGUCAAGUAUAGGCUCUGUAAAGUCACGGUGUAGAGCAAGUGGGCUGUCUAAAAACAGAAAAGGCACAAUAACAGCAGAUAACAAACAACAGAGUAUCAAAGACCUUUUCUCCAAGUUUGCAUUUAACAAAAGAGAGGAGAAACUUAUUCGAGAAGUAGAAGAUAAAGAUGUAGACCUGGUAUCAUUUACGCCAUCUAAUAAGCCCUGCUCAAAGGCAGUACAAAGGAAACUACUUCCCUAAGAGAGUUUCACUGGCUGUUAUUGACCCUGAAACCAUACACGUGGAAAACAUUAGUGCUAGAGGCAGACAAUAUGAAUACACACUGAAAAACAAAAAAUUGAAAUGAUUAAAAGAUUUGCCAUGCAAAUUGACAUUUUAUUUUCCAACUUGGUUUUACAUAUAUGAACUUUAGGAUGAGUUAUAUUUAGAUAUACAUGUAGAAUUGAC